AUGGGGGACUCGGUUUAUACUAGUUAUCCUCCCCAAUUGAACCCCGCACAGAGGGACUUUCUCGUGAAGACAAUCAAGGAUUGGGCUACGCAGAAUGGCUUGGUGGUUCGGCCUUCGCCUAUGUUCAUACAAAAGGAAUCGGAUCCAAAUGGGGCACUGGCGACGAAUGCUCCAGUGACAUUGUUCCCGAGUCCGUUCCCGAAGGCUUGCUUCGAAGAGGCCGAGGCAUUGCAGACUGUAUACAACAAGCUCUAUGCCGCGAUAACAUGUAAUGAGGAAUGGCUGGGAAAGAUUAUGGAAGAUCUCAUCGACGUUGACGACUUUAUCUCUCGUCUGUGGAAGGUUCACCUCUCGGUUCAGAAGGAGGGUUAUGCUCAGACAUUAUCACUUGGCCUGUAUCGGUCCGACUACAUGCCCCAUUCUCCGGCAAACGCGACCUCUCCAUCUCUGAAGCAAGUCGAGUUCAACACCAUUUCGUCCUCAUUUGGCGGCCUAUCGUCUCUUGUGCGAAAGCUACACUCGGAGCUCCUUACUUCUCCGCCGGGCCAUCCUAUCUCGUAUCCUCCCCAUCCUUUAUUUCAAUCGAAUAUUCCUCCGGAGAACACUGCUGUCGAGACCUUAUCGGCAGGACUGGCCGCAGCACACACUGCGUACGGACCCUCCAAAUCCAGCCCAGCUCUUCCUACGUGUAUCCUGUUUGUUGUCCAGGAUAAUGAGCGCAACAUAUUUGAUCAGCUCGCCCUCUCAAAGCAACUCAGCACCGUUCAUAAGAUACCCGUAUUUCGACUACUCAGCACCGAGGUCUUGGACCACACAUCAAUCCCUACUUCAGAUUCUUCCCGGCCAUUGAUAUACCGGCCCCCUCAUUCGCCAGACACGCCAUUUGAAGUGACUACAGUAUAUCUCCGGUGCUUCUAUGCCCCGACUGAUUAUACCUCCGAGCGUGACUGGGAGGCACGGACACAGCUGGAGCGCUCAGCAGCGAUUAAGUGUCCCACCGUGCUAAACCAGCUCGCUGGUUGCAAGAUUGUACAGCAAGUACUUGCAGAGACCACGGGCCCCGAUCACCUUGCAAACUUCUUGGCGGACACUGAUCCAGCCACGGUCGCUCGAUUGCGGGAUACAUUUGCACCCCAAUAUGACCUUUCUUCUAGCGGGCGUGGCAGAGAAUUGGCCCUCAACCCCGAGACGGCAUCAAACCACGUCCUCAAGCCGCAGCGCGAAGGAGGGGGCAACAAUGUCUACAAGACCGCCAUUCCCGAGUUCCUUCGAUCAAUUCCCGAAGAUGAAUGGAAGCGCUGGAUCUUGAUGGAACUGAUUGCUCCGCCGGCUGAAGCUAAGAAUGUGGCGUUGAGAAGUGACGGCGAAGUCCUGAGUGGUAAUGUCAUUGGGGAAUUGGGCAUUUAUGGAACCAUUCUCUGGGACCAGGCCAACGGAAAGAUCUUGCAGAAUGAGCAAGGCGGAUGGUUGAUGAGAACCAAGGCCAAGGAUGUCAACGAGGGAGGCGUGGCCACUGGGUUCUCUAGUUUGGAUAGCAUUCUUCUUUUCUAG